AUGGCUGCCCUGUGGACUCCCUCUCUGCUGCUCUGUGCCUGCCUGUUUUGGCCCCAAUGUUUGGCCCUGACUUCUCCAUCUGAGCUUCGUAACCUGCCCCCCUCGCAGGGCUUCAACAGCAGCGAUGGCAGCCUGUCUGUGGAUCAGCCGAUGGCUCUCAGGGUCUUCAGCGUGGACUAUCACCAUGUGCAGGCUCCCUUUGAGAUUGUGCUGUGGAUCAUGCUGGCCUCACUGGCCAAGCUGGGUUUCCACUGGUCAGGUCGAGUCCCAGCAGUGGUGCCAGAGAGCUGUCUGCUCAUCAUGGUGGGCCUCCUGGUUGGAGGGGUGAUCUAUGGCGUUCGCCACUCUGCUCCCCCGACUCUCAGCGCUGAUGCCUUCUUCCUCUUUCUGCUCCCGCCCAUCGUGUUAGACGCUGGAUACUUCCUGCCAGGGAGGCUGUUCUUUGAGAACCUCGGCACCAUCCUCUGGUACGCGGUGCUGGGAACCCUGUGGAAUGUGUUGGGCAUCGGCCUGUCUCUGUACGGCGUGUGCAUGCUGGCCCCGAGCUCUCUGGGAGACAUCUCUCUGCUCCACUGCCUGCUCUUUGGCUCUCUGAUCGCCGCCGUCGACCCCGUGUCCGUUCUCUCCGUCUUCCAGGAGAUGCAAGUCAACGAACAGCUUCACAUCUUGGUGUUUGGAGAGUCGCUGCUCAACGACGCCGUUACCGUGGUGCUCUACAAGCUGUUUGAGUCCUUCCUCCGCCUGCCGUCCGUGUCGGGGCUGGAUGUGUUGCUGGGAGGGUGCAGGGUUUUGGUGGUGGGCCUCGGGGGCCUGUUCGUAGGCCUCUUCUUCGGCCUGGUGGCGGCCCUCACCUCACGGUUCACCUCCAGAGCUCAGGUCAUUGCCCCGCUCUUUGUCUUCCUCUACUCCUACUUGUCCUACCUGACCUCAGAAAUGCUUCACCUCUCCGGUAUCAUGGCCAUUGUGACCUGUGCUGUGACUAUGAAGCAGUAUGUGGAGGCUAAUGUGUCGGAGCGCAGCAACACCAGCAUCCAGUACUUCCUGAAGAUGUGGAGCAGCGUGAGUGAAACCCUCAUCUUCAUCUUCCUGGGCGUGUCCACAAUACAGGAUGUCCAUAUGUGGAGCUGGCCCUUUGUCUGCUCCACGCUGCUGCUCUGCCUCAUCUGGAGGGCUACAGGUGUUCUUCUGCUGACUGCUGUGGUAAACAAGCUCCGGAGGAACACUGUGACCUUUCGAGAUCAGUUCAUUAUUGCCUACGGAGGCCUGAGAGGAGCAAUCUGCUUUUCCCUCGUCUUCCUGAUUGACGACUUCCCAAAGAAAAGACUCUUCAUCACAACUACCAUCGUGGUCAUCCUCUUCACUGUCUUUGUACAGGGGAUGACUAUUAAGCCUCUAGUAGAGCUGCUGGAUGUGAAGAGGAAGAAGAGAGCUUUGCCUUCUGUCAGCGAGGAGAUCCACAGCAGGCUCAUUGAUCACCUGCUGGCAGGAAUAGAGGACGUGGUUGGCUACUGGGGGCAGCACUACUGGAAAGACAAAUUUGAGCAGUUCAACAGCAAGUACCUUAGGCGUUUCCUAAUCCGUGAGGAUCACCAGGCUCGCUCCAGCAUCCUCAGAGUUUACCAGGAGCUAGAGAGGAGGGAGCAGAGAGGAGACGAGGAGGCACCACCACUGGUGGACCCUCUCUCCCAGAGCCGCUCCCUCUUACCAGAGGAGAUGGAAAGCAUCAGGCGUAUUCUCUCCAGAAACCUUCAAAACUUCAGCAACAAGCAGACACCAGCUUACAGCAGGCACAGUUUGCACCAUUACGGCAUCACGGACAAACCAAGAAAGCCUCUUCACAGACACCAGAGUCUGGGAGAGAGAAGCACAAAUAAUGCACAGGGGGAGGAUGGAGAGUUCAAUGGCUCACGCAGAGGGAGAGCAGGACUAUGCAGGUCUCACACAGUUUGCUCCAUGAGCCCGAGGCCUGUCCUCCUGGACCCAUCAGCCCCAGUUCCUUCAGCUCAGACCAGAGGACCAGCUGAUCCACAAUCUCCUGCUGCCAGAGAGGAGCAGAUCUCUCUGCAACAUCAAGCACCUGUGGGAAGAACGCCAAAGAAACAACUCAGCUUUGUCCUGGAGAGCGAGAAGCAGCAAUGA